AAGAAAGACAACCAAAAUGACGAGAUUUGGGAAAACUUGGAUGAAAUUAAUUCAUUGAAGGCAAAGUCUUAUAUAGCUGACUUGGAAUUAGAAAUUAAUAAGAAGGAGGGAAGGUGUGCUGUUCACCAAAUAACGAAAGAGGGAUUUAAAGUAGCACAACGAGGAUUACAGGAAUAUUCUGAUGCAGAGCUUAAUAGUAUGCGAACUGAAAAUCGUAACAACCUUCAAGUCGCUUCUUCAAGUGCGGUUACACAAGCUCGAUCGGGAACAUUGGAAAGCCAAGAUCAUCAAAAAGUGCAAAAAGACCUCAACUAUAAAGAAACAUUUGAUGAUAAUGGAGAUAUUAUAACUGAUGGCCUGGCUCGCCUCUGGCGAAGCCAGGAAGAAAUAUUCAUAUAUGAACAGACAGGACCGCCGGAUGUUGAUGAUAUCACUGAUUUUUACAUCCACGAUUAUAAGUUGGUUCGAACCAUGCGUGAUGUCCUGAAUAAUUCUUCGUCUUCACAACGGUAUAAAAGAUUACAAUAA